GUGUUUUGUUCAGUUGUAAGACUCUCACUGAAGGGAAAAAUGGCUCUGCUCUCUCUUACUGUGCUUCUUGGCUUGGCUGGCAUUUUAAAUGCAAAAGUAUUAGACUGUGAUACUCCUCCACCUGUUCUGGUCGUGAAUGAUACAGUUUUUCGUGGGCUGAUUGGAAAAUGGCACUAUGUCAUUGGAGCUACCAACAACACGAUAUAUCAGAAGAUGAUGUCCAAGACUGACAACAGCUUCUGCUACAUACUACCGUUAAAUGAGACAGCCUUCUAUUCAAAGGAGGCUACAAAUAUGGGAGAUAAAUGCCAUGAAGACGAAGAAACACCUUACAUUUUGGCAAAUAAUAACACUUCAUUUUAUUUAAAAGGAAAUUCAAGUACAGCAUUGCAGGUCCGAUUUCUCAUUCCUAAUGUUAUGACCAUGCUUGAUUAUUGGGAAUACACUCAGUUUGAAUUCUACUACAGUGUAUUCGUUACUGCUCAGAGCAAAGAUGUGUCCCAAGAGACAGUGGAAAAAUUUAAACAGCAGCUAGAAUGUUUCGGAUUCUCUAAGGAAGAAAUAUUUAUUCCAGCUAAAGAAAAGGAUGCAUGUCCAUUCAAAGAAGGUGAAAAUAAAUACCAGAAGGAACUGGAGGAAUACUGGGCCAAACAGCAAUCUGAAGAUACCCAGUAGGGAGCAUCUGUACACUAGUCACAAACAGUCAUUGUUAAAAUAAUUCUUAUGCCUUCUGUAACCAUGUACUACAGGUGUGAUCACAUAUAUUAUUAAAGAUGAGGUGUCUUUAAUUCAAAAUAUAACAUAUAAAUGGUGAUAUGAUGCUUAUGUAUGAACUACAUAAAUAAAAGGAAUGGAAAACA